AUGGAUGGUAUUCCACUUAAUUGUGGUCGAGUCAAUUGGACAAUUGAAAAGGAUCCUUCAUUUUGGAGAGAACAAGCACGAAUAUCAAUUGAAGAAAUAUUAAAAAUACGUGAAAACACAAGAGUCGCUAAAAAUGUCAUCAUGUUCUUGGGUGAUGGAAUGGGUAUAUCAACUGUUACAGCAGGAAGAAUCCGUAAAGGACAAGUUAAUGGAGAAUUGGGAGAAGAUUUUAUUACAGAAAUGGAACAAUUUACACAUUUGGGUUUAGCUAAAACAUAUAAUAUUGAUCAUCAAACACCCGAUUCAGCAGCAACAGCAACAGCUUAUUUAUGUGGAGUUAAAGCACAAUUAGGUACAGUUGGACUUGAUGGACGAGCAAAACGAGCGAAUUGUCCAAGUUCAAUUGGCGCAAAUGUUACAAGUAUUAUCGAUUGGGCUCAACAACUCGGUAAUAAAGUUGGUGUUAUUACAACAGCUCGUAUAACUCAUGCUACACCAGCUGCUGCUUAUGCUCAUGUACCUGAACGUAAUUGGGAAGGAUAUGAUUCAUAUUAUUUUGGUGCUAACGAAGUUGAACAAGGUUGUUUGGAUGUUGCUCAUCAAUUUGUCUUACGUUCUCCACCUAUUGAUAUUAUGUUCGGAGGUGGUCGUCGAUAUUUUUAUCCAAAUACGACACAUGAUAUUGAAAAUUCAACAUUAUUUAAUUCUCGAACAGAUAAUAAGUCACUUAUUGACACAUAUUGGCGAGGACAUUUUAUAUGGAAUAAAACUGAAAUGAAUAAAAUUGAAUUAGGUUCAUCAACACCAAUAUUAGGAUUAUUUGAACGUGAUCAUAUGCAAUACGAAUCAGAUCGAAUUAUAAAUGGAAAUGAUGAACCAAGUCUAUCAGAAAUGGCUAUAUUUGCUAUUGAACAUUUUUUAAAAGCAAAUCAAAAUUUUUUUCUUCUUAUUGAAGCUGGAAAAAUUGAUCAUGGACAUCAUGAAACACGACCACGAUAUGCUUUAGAUGAAUAUGUAGAAUUUGAUAAUACUAUUGGAAAAGUUAAACAAUUAUUAAAAGAAAAAGGUAUUUUUGAUGAUACACUUCUUGUUGUUACUGCUGAUCAUUCACAUGUAUUUACAUUUGGUGCUUAUUCGUCACGUGGUUCAAAUAUUUUAGGUUUUAGUUCUUUAGAACGAUUUAAUGUUAGUGAUAUUGAUAAAUUACCUAUUAAUAUAAUUACUUAUGGAAAUGGACCAAAUUUCCAAGCACCAAGAAACGCAACUUAUCUUUAUUCCCUUGAUACGAAUUCCACUAAAUAUUUAGCACCAACAGCUUUACCAAUGAAAGCUGAGACACAUGCCGGUGAAGAUGUACCUGUUUAUGCUCAGGGACCAUGGAGUCAUUUAUUUAUUGGAACUAUGGAACAACAUACGAUCGCGCAUAAAAUGGCAUAUGCUGCAUGUUGGGGAGAUUAUAGAAAUAGAGAUGGAUGUGAAUCAAAAGUCACUAAAAAAUCAUUGUCGAACGGUUCAUAUUCAAAUCAUUCGUUUAUAUUUAUUGAAAUUUUUAUUUUAAUAUUUUCUUAUUUCUAUUAUUUUUUUGUGUCUUUACAACUAAAUAAUUAA